GUGCAUUUGAGGAAAAUGACGGAAGCAGUGUGCGCCAAAUAGCUCAUGAACUUAAUAUUUCGAAGUCCAUAGUGCAUCGUAUUUUGCAGGAAAAUGGAUUGCAUCCAUUUCACUAUCAGCGCGUACAACUCGUUCCGCGAAAUGAAAUACAACGCGUCCACUUUUGUGCAGGUAUUUUUGAUUUCUCAUUUAAUUCUUUUCUUUGAUAUUAGAACGGUUUCAAGACAUGAUAAUCAUUAAUAAAAUAUUGUAGGACUUCUUGCACAGUGUCGACGAGAUAUUUCAUUUGCCAGCAACCUUUUCUGGACAGAUGAGGCUACGUUUACACCUAAUGGUGUAUUUAAUUCGCGUAAUUCAGUGAAAUGGGCAUAUGAAAAUCCUCACGCCAUUCGUCAAAUUGCAUUUCAAUAUCGCUGGGCGAUUAACGUAUGGGCAGGUGUAAUUGACGAUAGAUUGAUAAAUAUUCUUACGAAAUAAAAAUUUCUCCUUUGCUUAUAAUACAUAUACUCGACGCAUAUAUUAAUAACUGUUACUAAUAAUUACCACUGUUACAAAUUACUACUAUUUUCUAGAUUGGUCCAUUUUUUCUGCCACCACGACUUAAUGGACUAGCAUAUGCAAAUUUUUUGAUGAAUAAUUUGCCACCGCUUUUAGAGGAUAUCCCUCUACACGUUCGGGGAAACAUGAUUUUCCAACAUGAUGGGGCUCCGGCACAUUUCUCCCGACGUGUGCGUGAGAUUUUAGACGACCGUUAUCCAAAUAGAUGGAUGGGUCGAGGUGGCCCAAUCGCUUGGCCACCACGAUCGCCAGAUCUAAACGUGCUCGACUAUUUUGUUUGGGGCCAUAUUAAAGUAAAAGUUGAGCAUAUGCGCGAACGUACUGAAGUCGAGGUAUGCGAAGCGAUAUCAGCGGUGUUUAAUACAGUAACGCCAGACAUGAUACGCCGAGCAACGCAGCAAAUUGUUCGAAGAGCUGAACUGUGCUUAGAUGCACAAAGCAAACAUUUCGAGCAAUUAUUGCAUUAAAAUAAUGAGAGUGGAUUAGGCCUACUGCGGAAACCACUUAAAAAAACGCGCCAAGCUAUCUACCUCGGUGGUAGUGCGGAAACGAUAGCGUUUUCGUGAAUUUGCGAAGUUCGUCCAACUUUUAUUGUAAACUUUUUUUACUCUGCAAUACUAAAAAUAAGGCAGAAUAUUGUUGCAACUUUUAUAUUAAAAGAAAACAAAGAUAACAAAAUGUAUUUCGCGAAUUUAGCAGAAUAUCUUUCCCUCUAAAAUAUUUACAGAAACACAAUAAACAUCAUGUUUAACAACUGUUCCAAUCAAUACUAUUUGAGUUUUAUUAUGUGUCAUAAAAAAUUUUUUAAACGAGAUUACUAUUUCUUUAACACUUUUAACAUUAAACACGAUAUGACAUUCAGAGAGAA